CAACUACUCCAAAUUAUGAAAUUUUAAUAUAAAAAAUACAAAAAAGUUUGGUGGCAUCCAGGCGACGACUUUUGCAACAACGGUGUACAAUAUAUUCAAGAUAAAGUGUCGGUAAUAGUCAGUUGGGGCUUUAUGUUAUAUAAGGUUAGGUUGAUCUGAAUUGUGAUCAAAGAGUGCGAUUAAGGCAAAACAAAGGAAAGCAAACAUGGGUUCAUCAUCAGAGAUUAUAGCCAAGUUGAAUCUGGCUGCCCACCAAGAAGGUGGGUUUUACUCUGAAACUUUCAGAGAUAACUCUAUCGUUCUCUCCAAGUCUCAGCUUCCCCCUCAGUAUAAGGUGGAACGCGCAGUGAGUUCGUGCAUUUACUUUUUGCUACCGUCUGGGAGUGUGUCUAGCCUCCACCGUAUACCAUGUGCAGAAACAUGGCAUUUUUAUGUGGGAGAACCUAUCACGGUAGUGGAAUUCAAUGACAAAGAUGGGCAAGUAAAACUAACCUGCCUUGGACCCAAUCUUCUUGACAAUCAGCAACCGCAGUACACAGUACCUCCAAAUGUGUGGUUUGGUUCUUUUCCAACAAAGGACAUCAGCCUUUCCCCAGAUGGGACAGUGCUCAAAGCACCUCCAAGGGAUAGUGAGACUCACUUCUCUCUUGUGGGCUGCACUUGUGCACCUGCCUUCCAAUUUCAGGACUUUGAACUGGCAAAACGCUCAGAACUUGUUUCACUCUUUCCGAAUAGUGAGGCCCUCAUCUCUUUGCUCACCUUCCCUGAAUGAAGAGAGGUCAAGUCCGAUUUUCACUGUAACAUGGAAACAUUAGGCUUGCACUAUACAUUCAAUGCGUUGAAUGAUAAUUUGAGCAGAUGUUUUAUGAACCUCUUUGUUCAACUUUUGUGUGUGUUGUAUUAAAUCAUAAUAAAAUUAACAUGCUUAGUUUCUUGAA